AUGAACGGGGAUCUCAGUUUAUCCCAGUCCCUGGGAGGACUACGAAUAGCCAACCCAGAUGAUUCGCCCCUUCCAACGGAGGAUGCGACCGGGUCAAUGGCCCCAAGCCCGUUCGGACGCCCGGGUGGUUCGGUAUCAACACACAAUUCCCACGAAGAGCCGUCCACCUUUCCUCCCGCUCCCAUCGAAGUUCCCACCGAAGAGCGCCGAACCUCAUAUAUUCAAGUCUCUCCCGAGUCGCAGCCAGUGCAGCCAGGACCGUACCAAGCGUACACGGCUCCGCACUCCACACCCCCAAACCCGAACCGACCCCUUUCCUCCGUCUACGCGAACGGUUCGGCAACUUCCAUUCUCCCCCGUGAUAACAACUAUCGCAUACGAACCGACUCCGGUGCUUCCUCCACAUCUGGCUCCCAGGCGCGAUUAGAUACACGAGGAGGGUCAUCCGCACUGCAUGCCGGUGUCCUUGCGCGCGAUAACUCUCACAGCGACCGGUCCUACCGAACUGCUCAGAUCGCCGGGAACGCCCCGGCGGUAAUGCGGCAGACCUCCCGAGCACACGCAAGAAGUGGCGGCGCGUCUCAGAUCGCUCGAUCAUCCUAUAUGGCGGAGAACGGCCCAAUGGCAAGUAGCGAGGAAUGGCAGGAGCGUGGUGCGGCGGUCUCAGUUCGCCAGGAGAUAGACGCUAACGGUCAGACCGUCUCUCGCUUCGUCAAGAAGGGGGUGCGGGAUUUCUCGUUUGGAACCACACUUGGAGAAGGUUCCUACAGUACUGUCGUCCUGGCUACGGAUCGGCAGACGCUGAAGGAAUUCGCAAUCAAAAUCCUAGACAAACGACACAUCAUCAAGGAGCGAAAGGUCAAAUACGUGAAUAUUGAGAAGGAUACACUAAAUCGCCUAACCGACCAUCCGGGUGUCGUGCGGUUAUACUAUACUUUCCAGGAUGAGCAGUCUUUGUACUUUGUGCUAGACCUGUGCAAAGGUGGAGAGCUGCUCGGCGUCCUCAAGCGGAUGACCACAUUCGACGAGGAAUGCACGAGGUUCUACGGCGCGCAGAUCCUCGACACUAUACACUACAUGCACAAGCGCGGGGUGAUCCACCGAGACCUGAAGCCAGAAAACGUCUUGCUUGACUCGGGAAUGCACAUUAAGAUCACUGAUUUCGGUACUGCCAAAAUUUUGGAGACACCACGAGCAGACCCGAAUGCAACUGGCAUGCCACCUAUCGACUCGAGUGAAAUUCCCAAGGAAGAGCGUGCGAGCUCUUUUGUCGGUACUGCGGAGUACGUGAGUCCUGAGCUAUUGACAGAUAAGAACGCAUGCAAAGCCAGUGACCUUUGGGCGUUUGGAUGUAUCAUUUACCAACUCCUGGCUGGCCGUCCGCCCUUUAAAGCCGGGAAUGAGUACCAGACUUUCCAGAAAAUCGUGGCACUUGACUACGAAUUCCCCAUUGGUUUCCCUCCUGUCGCUCGUGAUCUUGUCGAGCGUCUUCUCGUUCUCGACCCCGCAAGACGUCUUCAGAUUGAUCACAUUAAGAACCAUGAGUUCUUUGAGGGAAUGACAUGGGGACCGGAUUUGUGGAAGCAGAAGGCACCCCGACUGAAAGCCUACGUUCCCCCAGCACGCGAUCCCAUCAAGCUCAACGAAAGCAAAGACAAUGAGCCCCUGGCCCCUGUUAUCUCAACAGCCCCCUCUAAUGCGCCAAAUGCCAGCUCUCGUCACCUCCCGCGGGUGGUAACCGAGCUUCCACCGCCAAGUCAAUUGGAUAUUGAGUGGUCCCCAGUGCUAAACAAAUCCAACGAACGGAUUCUCAAGUUGGGCAACUUCGUGGUUCUCUCCUCGGCCGCAUCUCACAGCCCUACGUCCAAAAACAGCAGUGGCGAGUUUGAGGCUCCCAGGAAAUUUUCUCGAUUCUUCUCAGGGAGUGCCACAAAGAAGCGACAGCGUUUGGUAAUGGUCACUUCAUCUGCACGUAUCAUUAUGGCCGCCUCUGGGGGCGACGACAAGAAGGUCAAACUUGAAAUAUCUCUCCUUGCCCCAGGGACAAGUUAUCGAAGCACAACGGAUUCCAAGGGAAUCUCUUCUUGGAUCGUGGACACAAGAGACAAACACUAUGUAUUCGAGGACCCCAAGCCCUCAUCCAGUAGCGUUGGCGCUACAGCAGUUCAGGCCCAAGAAUGGCUGGACGCACUAGACAGAUCCCGGGAGAUGGCCACACAACACCAAAAUGCGGGCUUCUCUGACGAUGCCUACCGCGAUCUUUCAUCGGGGUUUCCCAGUCCGGCCAACACACUAGACCGCACCUCCGACAUGCAGAAAGAUGAUAAAGGCCCACCGUCAUCGGGCCGGAACCAUCUUGUGAAACACCAGGCCACAGAUUCCGAUUCAACGAAAGGAAGAAAGCGAUUCAGUAAGCGUCAUUCUAAGAAUGGCCUUGCGGCUGUGUUCUAG